UUUAUCUUUUCUUUCUUUUACCUUUUUCUCCUUUUUUCUUCUCUUCCUUUUCUUUCCUCCUUCUUUGUCUUCUAUCCGCAUUCGUUUAUUUCUUUUCUCUUCUUCCCCAUUUCUCCAUUUCAUUCAUUCAUUCAUUCAUUUACCUCUCCAACCUUCCUUCUCACAACUUUUUGAACCAUGAGCGAAUUAAGAAACGUUCACAAGCCCCUCCUCUUUGAGAUUGCAUGGGAGGUUGCUAACAAGGUCGGAGGAAUUUACACGGUGCUCAAAUCAAAGGCACCAGUCACAAGCCAUGAAUAUGGCGAUCGUUAUACAAUGAUCGGACCAUUGUCCUACAAGACUGCCCCUCUCGAGGUCGAGACCCUGGAACCAGACACGCCCGAGCUGAGACUUACACUCGAAUCAAUGAAGGAACGUGGUGUCAAAUUUCUUUAUGGUCGUUGGUUGAUUGAGGGUGCUCCCAAGGUCCUUUUGUUCGACACUGGAUCGGUCUAUCACAAAUUGGAUGAGUGGAAGGGCGAUCUCUGGAACGUGGCCGGAAUCCCUUCCCCACCAAAUGAUCAUGAGACAAACGAAGCCAUCUUGUUCGGUUAUCUUGUUGCCUGGUUCUUGGGAGAGUUCGUGGCCCAUGAGACAAAAGCGGCGGUGAUCGCUCACUUCCAUGAAUGGCUCGCAGGUGUAGGUAUCGCGUUAUGUCGGAAGCGUCACAUUGACGUCACCACCAUCUUCACGACCCAUGCCACCCUAUUAGGUCGGUACCUCUGUGCUGGAUCCGUUGAUUUCUACAACAACCUGAGGAACUUUGAUGUCGAUCAUGAAGCAGGCAAACGAGGCAUCUAUCACCGAUACUGUAUCGAACGUGCUGCUACUCAUUGCUGCGAUGUUUUCACCACAGUCUCACAUAUCACCGCCUAUGAAGCCGAGCAUCUAUUGAAACGCAAGCCAGAUGGUGUACUGCCCAACGGAUUGAAUGUGGUCAAGUUCUCAGCCAUGCAUGAGUUCCAAAACUUGCAUGCAGUGUCGAAGGAACGUAUCCAUGACUUUGUGCGAGGACACUUCUAUGGCCAUUAUGACUUUGAUUUAGAGAACACACUGUAUUUCUUUACAGCUGGUCGAUAUGAAUACCGCAACAAGGGCAUUGACAUGUAUAUUGAAUCCCUUCAGCGUUUGAAUGAAAAGCUCAAAGCCACCAACUCACCCAUGACAGUGGUUGCAUUCAUUAUCACCCCUGCAGAAACACACUCGUAUACUGUCGAGGCGCUGAAGGGCCAAGCUGUGGUCAAGCAGCUUAAGGAGACUGUCCAUGAUAUUUCUAAGCGUAUGGAAAACCGUCUUUUUGAGAAGGCUUCUCGUGGCGGCGAUGUGGCGACGACUCAGUUCUUGACGAGCGAGGAUGAAAUCCUGUUGAAACGCCGUACUUUUGCUCUCAAACGCUCAACAUUGCCUCCGAUUGUGACCCAUAACAUGGCGGACGAUAGCAAAGACCCGGUCUUGAUUCAACUACGCCGCCUAGGCUUGUUCAACCAUCCUUCUGAUCGAGUCAAGAUUGUGUUCCAUCCCGAAUUCCUCAACUCCAACAACCCAUUGUUUGGAUUGGAUUAUGAAGAAUUUGUCCGAGGUUGUCAUUUGGGUGUCUUUCCUUCGUAUUAUGAGCCUUGGGGCUAUACACCUGCUGAAUGUACAGUCAUGGGAGUCCCUAGUAUCACUACCAACCUGUCUGGCUUUGGAUGCUUUAUGGAUGAUAACAUUGUCGAUUCUUCAGAAUAUGGAAUCUACAUUGUCGACCGCCGGAUGAAGUCGGUCGAGGAAUCGAUUCAACAACUUGCAGACCAAAUGUUGGUCUUCUGUCAGAAAUCUCGUCGUCAACGUAUCAAUCAACGUAACAGAACUGAACGCCUGUCAGAUCUCUUGGACUGGAAGCGCAUGGGACUUGAAUAUAUCAAGGCCCGUCAACUGGCUCUCCGAAGAGCCUACCCAGACUCGUUUGAUGAUGAUGACUUUGUCCUCUCGAACCUGGAUAAGGAAACCCAACAGUUGUUGGUCAGUGAACAAGGACCAAAGAAGAAGAUUCCGAUCCCAAGAUCUGCUCCAGGAUCUCCUAGAAUCCGAACACCCUUGGAAGGGGUUGACACCGAACUAACGUUUGCAAAGAUGUCUGCCAGUGAUAGGGAGAGGUACUUGCAGUACCGAAUGGAUGGACAUGAUGAUGAGGAUGAUGGCUUGAUCCCUUCUGAGCUGGCGGAUGAAUUGGAUCUAGAUGCUCCUUCGACCAUGCAGAUCAGGUUGCCACAACAUUACCAGCAUCGUCAUCAAAAGUCAUCAGGCGCCAAUGGUACUAAAGAUACCACGACAGAAGAUAACAAUGAGCAUGACAUGUCCACUGCACAAGGACGUGCCUUGACAGGAGUCGCUGCAGCACAACAACAAUACAAGAGUUUGAUGGAUGGUGGUGAAAACGGACGUUACUAUGGCAAGAACACGGCUCUCAACGCUGGCGCGCCUCCUUCCUCAGCUGCUAACGUCAACAACAACAGCAACAGCAAUGGAAGCGGAUAUCGCCAAUAAAAACAAAGACAAACAAAUAAAGCUGUAUAUAGUUGUAACACACAGAUUUAAAUGAAUAAAGGCGAUUUAUGCGACAUCCUUUUU